AUAAACACACUGUACGCUAAUAAACAUCCUUGUUAUUAAUUGUGCACUUCUGUAAAGUUUGUGUGUACAUUAAUGGUUCAUAAACAAUCGUUUCUCCGGCUUCUCUCGCCUCCAGCAACCAUGUCGGACGCUGACAAGUUCCUGUACGUGGACCGCAACCUGGUCAACAACCCGCUGGCGCAGGCCGACUGGGCCACCAAAAAGCUGGUGUGGGUGCCGUCGGAGCGGCUGGGGUUCGAGACCGGCUCAGUGAAGGAGGAGCACGGCGAUGAGGUGGUGGUGGAGCUGGCUGACUCGGGGAAGAAAGUGCGGGUCAACAAGGACGACAUCCAGAAGAUGAACCCGCCCAAGUUCAGCAAGGUGGAGGACAUGGCCGAGCUCACCUGCCUGAACGAGGCGUCCGUGCUGCACAACCUGAAGGAGAGAUACUACUCCGGCCUCAUAUACACGUAUUCGGGUUUGUUCUGUGUGGUCAUCAACCCCUACAAGAACCUGCCCAUCUACUCUGAGGAGAUUGUGGAGAUGUACAAGGGCAAGAAACGACACGAGAUGCCGCCACACAUCUACGCCAUCACAGACACGGCCUACAGGAGCAUGAUGCAGGACUUAAAGUUCCAAUCUGCGUUAUGUGUGGGUGAAUCUGGUGCCGGAAAGACAGAAAACACCAAGAAGGUCAUUCAGUAUCUGGCACACGUGGCCUCGUCCCACAAAACCAAGAAAGACCAGGUUAGUUGUUCAUGAGACCAUGGUGAGCUGGAGAAGCAGCUGCUGCAGGCCAAUCCCAUCCUCGAAGCCUUCGGCAAUGCCAAGACAGUCAAGAACGACAACUCUUCCCGAUUCGGCAAAUUUAUCAGAAUCAACUUUGACGUUAAUGGGUACAUCGUCGGCGCCAAUAUUGAAACCUACCUGUUGGAAAAGUCCCGUGCGAUCCGUCAAGCUAAAGAAGAAAGAACCUUCCACAUGUUCUACUACAUGCUGACCGGCGCAGGAGACAAACUGCGAUCUGAACUCUGUCUGGAGAGCUACAAUAAGUACCGGUUCCUGUCCAAUGGGAACGUGACUAUUCCAGGACAACAGGACCGAGACAUGUACCUCGAGACCAUGGAGGCCAUGAGGAUCAUGAGCUUCCCUGAGGAAGAACAGAUUGGUCUGCUGAAGGUCAUGUCGUCUGUGCUACAGCUGGGUAAUAUGUCCUUUAAGAAGGAGCGUCACUCGGACCAGGCCUCCAUGCCUGAUGACACAGCUGCUCAGAAGGUGUGCCAUCUGAUGGGCAUGAACGUGACCGAUUUUACACGCGCCAUCCUCUCGCCCCGGAUCAAGGUGGGCCGCGACUACGUGCAGAAGGCCCAGACGCAGGAGCAGGCCGAGUUUGCGGUGGAGGCUCUCGCCAAAGCCACAUAUGAGAGGAUGUUCCGCUGGCUGGUGAUGCGCAUCAACAAAGCUCUGGAUAAGACCAAGCGUCAGGGCGCCUCCUUCAUCGGCAUCCUGGACAUCGCCGGCUUUGAGAUCUUCGAGCUGAACUCUUUCGAGCAGUUGUGCAUUAACUACACUAACGAGAAGCUCCAGCAGCUCUUCAACCACACCAUGUUCAUCCUGGAGCAGGAGGAGUACCAGCGCGAGGGCAUCGAGUGGAGCUUCAUCGACUUCGGCCUCGACCUGCAGCCCUGCAUCGAACUCAUCGAGAAACCCGUGAGCAUCUCUUCACUCCUAGACUUGGACCGUAUCGUGGGUCUGGAUAAGGCUGGUAAGUUGGACCCUCACCUGGUUCUGGAUCAGCUCCGGUGUAAUGGUGUCCUGGAAGGAAUCCGUAUCUGCAGACAGGGAUUCCCCAACCGCAUCGUCUUCCAGGAGUUCAGACAGAGGUAUGAAAUCCUCACGCCCAACUCCAUUCCCAAGGGAUUCAUGGAUGGCAAACAGGCUUGCGUGCUGAUGAUCAAAGCGCUGGAGCUGGAUCCCAACCUGUACCGGAUCGGACAGAGCAAAGUGUUUUUCCGUGCUGGAGUUCUGGCUCACCUGGAGGAGGAGCGUGAUAUGAAGAUCACAGACGUCAUCAUUAACUUCCAGGCCUGGUGCCGUGGAUACGUUGCCCGCAAGGCGUUCGCUAAGAGGCAGCAGCAGCUGACAGCCAUGAGGGUGAUCCAGAGGAACUGCGCUGCGUAUCUGAAGCUCAGGAACUGGCAGUGGUGGAGACUCUUCACUAAGGUGAAGCCGCUGCUGCAGGUGAGCCGACAGGAAGAGGAAAUGCAGGCCAAAGACGAGGAGCUCAACAAGGUUCGGGAGAAGCAGAUGGUGGCUGAACAGCAGCUGAAGGAGAUGGAGGUCAAACAGCAGCAGCUCGGCACAGAGAAACUGGCUCUCCAGGAGCAGCUGCAGGCGGAGAUGGAUCUGUGCGCUGAGGCUGACGAGAUGAGGAACCGCCUGGUGGCCAAGAAGCAGGAGCUGGAGGAGAUCCUGCAUGACUUGGAGGCCCGCGUGGAGGAGGAGGAGGAGCGAGCCAAUCACCUGCAGACCGAGAAGAAGAAGAUGCAGCAGAACAUCGCCGAUCUGGAGCAGCAGCUGGACGAGGAGGAGGCGGCGCGGCAGAAGCUGCAGCUGGAGAAGGUCACGAUGGAGGCCAAACUCAAGAAAACCGAUGAGGACGUGAUGGUGCUGGACGACCAGAACAACAAACUCUCCAAGGAGAAGAAACUCAUGGAAGAACGAAUCGCUGAGUUCACCACGAACCUGGCCGAGGAGGAGGAGAAAUCCAAGAGCUUACAGAAACUCAAGAACAAACACGAGGCCAUGAUCACCGACCUGGAGGACCGUCUGCGUCGCGAGGAGAAGCAGCGACAGGAGCUGGAGAAAAACCGCAGGAAGCUGGAGGGCGACUCUACAGAGCUGCACGAUCAGAUCGCAGAGCUGCAGGCUCAGAUCGCUGAACUGCGCGCGCAACUCGCCAAGAAGGAGGAGGAGCUUCAAGAGGCGCUGUCCAGGAUCGAGGAGGAAGCGGCUCAGAAGAAUCUGGCGCAGAAGAAGAUCCGUGAGCUGGAGGCUCAGCUGAGUGAACUUCAGGAGGAUCUGGAGCUGGAGCGAGUGGCUCGAACCAAAGCUGAGAAACACCGCCGAGACCUGGGAGAAGAGCUGGAGGCGCUGAAGACUGAGCUGGAGGACACGCUUGACUCCACCGCCGCGCAGCAGGAGCUCAGGACGAAGCGUGAGACUGAAGUGACUCAGCUGAAGAGGACUCUAGAGGAAGAGGCUAAAGUUCAUGAGCAGGUGGUGGCCGAGAUGAGACAUAAACAUGGUCAGGCCUUUGACGAGCUCAACGAGCAGCUGGAGCAGGUCAAACGGAAUAAGGUGUCGAUGGAGAAGACCAAACAGUCUCUGGAGUCGGAGAGGAACGAGCUGCAGAUCGAGCUGCAGACGCUCAUGCAGGGCAAAGGAGAGUCAGAGCACCGCAGGAAGAAAGCUGAGACGCUGCUGCAGGAGCUGCAGGUCAAACAUGCCGAGAGCGAACGCCAGCGCACCGAAUUUGCAGAGAAAGCCGCUAAGAUGCAGACUGAGCUGGAUAACGUCAACACUCUGCUGAGCGACGCUGAAGGGAAGUCCAUCAAAGCGACGAAGGACUGCUCAUCCGUGGAGUCGCAGCUGCAGGACGUGCAGGAAGUGCUGCAGGAGGAGACACGGCAGAAACUAGCGCUGAAUACGCGUCUGCGGCAGCUGGAGGACGAGCAGAGCAGCCUGAAGGAGCAGCUGGAGGAGGAGGAGGAGGCCAAGAGGAACCUGGAGAAACAGAUGAGCACCAUGCAGGCGCAGCUGGCUGACAUGAAGAAGAAGAUUGAGCAGGAGGCCAGUUUUCUGGAGAACACUGAGGAGACGAAGAAGCGCGUCCAGCGCGACCUGGAGGCCGUGACGCAGCGUAUGGAUGAGAGGAACACCGCCUACGACAAGCUGGACAAGACCAAGACGCGCCUGCAGCAGGAGCUGGACGAUAUGCUGGUGGACCAGGACCAUCUGAGACAGAUCGUCUCCAACCUGGAGAAGAAGCAGAAGAAGUUCGACCAGAUGCUGGCUGAGGAGAAGUCCGUCUCUGGCCGUUACGCCGAGGAGCGCGACCGCGCAGAGGCCGAGGCCCGUGAGAAAGAGACACGUGUGUUAGCGCUGGCCCGCGAGCUGGAGACCCUCAGCGACGUGAAGGACGAGCUGGACCGGACCAACAAACUGCUGCGCGCCGAGAUGGAGGACCUGGUGUCCUCUAAAGACGACGUGGGCAAGAGCGUUCACGAUCUGGAGAAGUCGAAGCGCUCGAUGGAGCAGCAGCUGGAGGAGAUGAAGACGCAGCUGGAGGAGCUGGAGGACGAGCUGCAGGCCACUGAAGACGCCAAACUGCGGCUGGAGGUCAACAUGCAGGCCAUGAAAGCGCAGUACGAGAGAGACCUGCAGGGACGAGACGAGCUGGGAGAGGAGAAGAAGAGACAGCUGCUCAAACAGGUGCGUGAGAUGGAGAUGGAGCUGGAGGAUGAGCGUAAACAGCGCACAGUGGCGAUGGCGGCGCGGAAGAAGAUGGAGCUGGACCUGAAGGAGCUGGAGGCCGCCAUCGACCAGGCCAACAAGAACCGCGACGAGGCGCUCAAACAGCUCAAGAAAGCACAGGCUCAGAUGAAGGACCUGCUGCGGGAGCUGGAGGACACGCGUCUGUCCCGCGAGGAGAUCCUGGCUCAGAGCAAAGAGAACGAGAAGAAGGUGAAGAGCAUGGAGGCCGAGAUGAUCCAGCUGCAGGAGGAACUGGCGGCCGCAGAGCGAGCGAAGAGACAAGCACAGCAGGAGAGAGACGAGCUGCAGGACGAGAUCAACAACCAGGUCGCGAAGGGCGCUCUGGGCUCAGAGGAGAGGAGGCGUCUGGAGGCACGGAUCGCUAAGCUGGAGGAGGAGCUAGAGGAGGAGCAGAACAACACGGAGCUGGUGAACGACCGGCUCAAGAGAGCCCUGCUGCAGACAGACCAGAUAAACGUGGAGCUGACGGCGGAGCGCAGCACCUCCCAGCGGCUGGAGGGAGCGCGCUCGCAGAUGGAGCGCCAGAACAAGGAGCUGAAGCUCAAACUCACCGAGCUGGAGGGAACCGUCAAGAGCAAAUACAAGGCCAGCAUCGCCGCCCUGGAGGCCAAGAUCAUCCAGCUGGAGGAGCAGCUUGACGUCGAGACCAAAGAGCGACAGCAGGCCUCAAAACUGGUGCGUCGUACGGAGAAGAAGCUGAAGGAGGUGAUUCUGCAGGUGGACGACGAGAGACGCAACACGGAGCAGUUUAAAGAUCAGUCUGAUAAGCUGAACAGCCGCAUGAAGCAGCUGAAGCGGCAGCUGGAGGAGGCCGAGGAGGAGGCGCAGAGAGCAAAUGCCAACCGCAGGAAACUACAGCGGGAGCUGGAGGACGCCUCUGAGUCCGCCGACGCCAUGAACCGCGAGGUCAACAGCCUGAAGAGCAAACUCAGACGUGGCGAUCUGCCCUUCACCUUGCGCCGCAUCGUCAGCCGCUCGGGAAUCGAGAGCGACGAAGACCCGGAGGCCAAGACCGAAACCUCCGAACCCAAACCCGAGUGAAAGAAGCCGAACCGCAGCGUUCUGUCACAAACACACACACACACACACACACACACACAAAAGUCUUGGACGACAACGUCCACGGAAACUCAGAGAUACUUCGUCGAUUUGUUUUUUUGUUCUUAUUUUAGUGCCAUAGUGUAUUCGCACACACACGAUGGUUCUCCUGACAAUCACACACACGACAGCUUCACUCACACCGAGGACCAAAUUUGUGUUUUCAUGUUGUUGUCUAGAAUAGAAAAAGAACGGAAUGAUAUUUUUGUAAGGACGCAUUCCGUCAAUUGUAGUCCCGAUUCUGGAUCUAUUUUUCUAACUGAAGUAAAAGGAUUAAAAAAAUGGUAAAGAAGAGAACUUAUUGAAGGGGACCAAAGCAAAAUUGCUUUCUGCAAAACUGUAUUUUAUUCAUACUUUUUAUAAUGGUAUAAGGAUGAACAUAGCGCUCGCUCUCUUGCACCUCUGCUGGUAAAUAAAAGAUUGUGAUGAUAAUUACAGAUACUAUCGUACAGUUACGCUUUUGGGCUUUACACAUGAAUUAAGGCAUUUAGUAAAUCAAACCAGCACCGAAAAUAUUAGAGAUUUUCACGCCACCGUAUAUGCACAUGAAAUGAGGAAAGACCGUUUGUUUUGAGCAAUAAAAUGGAGGUGUUUAUGGCACUGUUGCAGCAGAUUGAAGGAAUAAGGAUUGAGUAGGCAACGCACGAACUCAUUUAGACAUGGCACUAUGCACUAUCGCCUUAAAUCUACUAUUUGGAUACGUCCUGUUCCGCUUUUCCUUUCAGUAUAUGUGUCUUUAUUAAUGUUCAGGGCAUGAAUGGUGGAGGGUUGACGGUUUCUCUCACGCACGCACUGUUAACGCUGAGCACGGCUGCGCAGGAGCGGGAAGCGACCGUUUGGCGGGAGUUUUAAAACAUGGAACACUUCCAUGGCUACCUCUGAUCACGUUUAUCACUCUGUGACAUAUUUCUGAAAGAACUAAUGAGAAUGGGUUUGAACGGGACGUCGGCGAUGGCGAUCUCCCUCCUCGAAGCUCGUGCUCAGUUUCUGCUUUUUUCGCUCACACUGCUGGGAAGUGAGAGAAAUGUACUAUUAUUGAUUAUGUAUGGAUAGAUAGAGCAUUUCUCUCUCUUAUUCUCAUCGUCUCCCAAUAAUGACUUUGUGAUGUUGUGUUAUGUUCUCUGUCUCUGCAACUUCUUCAUUAUAUCUGGAGAGAUUUGUCAUAAAUCGUUGGUAUAAUGAUGCAAUAAAAUGGCUUUUUCAAAACA